UGGGACACCUUCAUCACCCGUCCUGCGGACAACCCACAUUCCUCCAAGAACUCCUACCUUAGAAUGGCUAUUGUCGUCGCAAAAGUGUUGUCCUACGUCCUAUUCUUUCACGCCGUGUUGGGCUCCGCCAUCGGCAGCAAGAUGGCGCUUAUCAUCCUCGCGUCCAACACAAUGCAUCACGGGAACGAUACAGCUGUGCAUGACGGGAACAGUACGGCACUGCUGUGUAAGAACUUGACUUGCUUGAACGUCACAAUUCUCACGACAACGGCAAGCCCCAAUGUAGAAGAAACUACAAAUGAUUCUGGAAAAGCUGAGAGAGCAAAGUAUAUGCUGAUGUUGAUGGGAACUAUUCUAGUGCCAGAAGUCAUGACGGUAUUGCGUAACAUCAUUCGGAUCACGUUCAGCAAAAUGAAGGGUCCCUCUUUGGGGGUUCUCUGGAAGGUUUGUCUCAUCGAAGCUCUCUCUACAUCCGGGAUCUGCCUCUUUGUCCUCCGUGUUCUCCCAAGAUCAAACUUCAUCUUCUCCCUACUCCUGAUGAACGGGGUCUGUUUCGUGCCCGCCAUCUUGAAAAUCCAUACGACCAUCGUUCGCAAGGACAUGAAGUCAGGUCGCAGGGAAAUCAUGUUGUUUCUUGACGUAAUAUCUUGGCUUAUGCAGACUAGCGCACUAUGUUUAUUCCCUGCCCAACCAUUCGGUUACAACGGUCCAACAUGGGAAAUAACGUUGUCAUUGUUUCUUAUAUCCUUUCGUUGGUGGGAGACAUUCGCAGGUGCAGACAUAGUCUUUCCAUUCUUUUUUGAAGUUCCCCUUUAUAAGCUGAAAGUUGGGCUUUCUGAAGUGAGGUGUAAGACUUACAUCUAUGCAGGAAUUACCAACGUGUUGAUCAUUGCUUUGUUUACAUUUCUGAUUCUUGCGGCAUCGGAAGAUAUUAAACUUUACAACAUCUUUGAACCGGUGAAGCUUGAAUGGAAGGAGGAAAAUUAUUUUGUCCAAAUAUCUCUGCUUUUCUUUGUCCAACUUGUGACAUCUGCGACAUGCUUUUUGUUCUCCCGUUUGGCAUGCAUGACAUGCGUCCACAGAGUGGGGUUUGCUCUUCCACUCUGCCUCGCCACCCCCGCCACAAUUGUAAUGUUUGUCAUAGACUGCCAAUGGGGGAAUGUUUUUAGAUUCAACAGCCUAAACAUUUGGGAGUGUGACGUAGAUUUGAAGCAAAGUUGGCGGGAAAUCACUAUUGGAAUCGUUUUAUGGUGGCUCUCGCAACUUUGGAUAUCGUCACAUAUUUGGUUCCGUUCAAGUCAUCGCUUUGCUCCUACCAGCAAACUUUUCGUUCGCCCGAUGUAUUGUGGGGGAUUAGUUGAGCAGUGUCUAAUGCUUAACCGGAAAUCAAAGGACGAAAACGAGGCUAGGACCGGAAGUAACGUCACCAAGAUCGUAACAGACGUGGUGGCUGCACCUGUCAACUCUCUCAUCUACCUGUGCGCAACGAUGUGGCACGAGACAGAAGAGGAGAUGGUCCAGAUAUUGAAAUCUAUUUGCAGAAUGGAUUUGGACCAAGCAAGUCAAACCAGCGUUCCCGACACUCAACGCGACAACUACCGGUGCGAGACCCACAUCCUCUUUGAUGACGCAAUGGACCUGAGGGAUGACGGGAAACUCGUUGUAAAUGAUUUCGUCCGACAGUUGUGUAAACUGGUCCCUACAGCGGCCAACGCUGUGCGAGACAGAGAUGACCAGGUGCACGUCCUUGACCCCACCCUGACCCCUACACCAUACGGAGGCAGGCUGGUGUGGAGGCUGCCGGGAGGACACAAGAUGGUGGCUCAUCUCAAGGACAAGAUGCGGAUACGUCACCGGAAACGGUGGAGUCAGGUUAUGUAUAUGUAUCAUCUCCUUGGUUGGUCGCUAAAACAUCAGUGGACGUCCCGCAUAAAGGCAGAGAGGGACCCCUUGAUAAAACUCCGGCUGGAGACCCUGUACAAACUCCGGUGCGACAACACCUACAUCCUGGCACUUGACGGUGACGUAGACUUUCAACCGUCUGCCGUGCAGCUAUUGGUCGACUUAAUGAGGAGGAACCCGCAGGUUGGCGCGGCGUGCGGAAGGAUACAUCCCAUCGGUUCAGGACCACUGAUUUGGUACCAGAUGUUUGAGUACGCCAUUGGACACUGGUUCCAGAAGACUGCCGAGCACGUGCUGGGGUGCGUCCUGUGCAGUCCCGGAUGUUUCAGCCUUUUCCGUGCCACUGCCAUCAUGGAUGAUAACGUCAUGCACAAGUACACCACCAAGCCAACUGAAGCCAAACACUUCGUGCAGUAUGAUCAAGGAGAAGACAGGUGGCUGUGUACGUUGAUGUUACAGCAGGGUUGGCGAGUGGAGUAUUCUGCUGCCUCUGACGCAUUUACAUACGCACCAGAGGGGUUCAAGGAGUUCUUUAACCAGAGGCGUCGCUGGGGUCCCUCUACUAUGGCAAACGUCAUGGACCUUCUACUGGAUGGUCGGAGGACAGCAAAAGUGAACAGCAGCAUCUCUAACUUAUACAUCAUCUAUCAGAUGGCCAUGAUGAUAUCGUCGGUGCUGGGUCCUGCUACCGUGUGUAUGAUGAUCGCCGGUGCGCUGACGUACGCCUUCAAAUGGGACAACGUUACAGCCAUGGCCGUGUCAGUGGCGCCCCCUAUCGGAUUUAUCAUACUCUGCUUCAUCGUCAAACCUGACACUCAGAUCAACGUUGCAGCCAUCAUGAGCGCCAUGUACGCCUGUGUGAUGAUGGCGGUUGUGGUCGGUAUUGCAGGCCAGAUCACAGUGGAGGGUCCUCUCAGUCCCGUGGCUAUCUUCACGUUUCUCAUGUGCGGUCUUUUUCUGACUGCCGCCAUCAUACAUCCACAGGAGUUUUGGAACAUCGCGUGCGGUGCCCUGUAUCUCCUGUGUGUGCCGUCAGGAUAUCUACUCCUCAUCAUCUACUCUCUGUGUAACAUGAACAUCGUCAGCUGGGGAACCCGGGAGGUAAAGAAGAAAGGCGGUACGAAGAAAGCGGCCAGCGGACCACAGCCGAAGACAGCAAAAGAACGGUUCAUGCAGCUGUUUAAAGGCGGAGGAGAAGAUGAUGAAUCUGGUUAUCUGUGUGGUUGCGGCAACUUGUUCAAGUGUGAGAUGUGCCCUAGAGCUAAGCGCCAGGAUGACUACCUGCCGUUGGUGGAGGCGCUAGACAAGGUGUACAGCCGUGCAGCCAGCAGGACCGUCAGUAGACUGAGCGUCAGCCGGGCGGCGAUCAGGAGGUCCGCCCGACGGGUCAGCUUCUCGGGGGACCACGACUUGUCCUCUGAUUUGGAAGAAGAACUAAUGAUGGAUGACAUCUUUCAAGAAGAACUCCUUAAAGAGGAAGAACGCCCCCUAGCGGACGAGGAGCCUGAAAUCGACCAAGACUACUGGCUGAUGGAGGACGUCUUCGCCAGCUGUCCGGUCCAAAAUCUGGACGAAGGCGAAACUAAAUUCUGGAAAAGCCUCAUCGCUAAGUAUCUACAUCCUCUAGAAGAGGAUAAACAAGACCAAGAGAGGAUUGCAGGGGAACUUAAGUCUCUAAGAAACAAAGUAACGUUUGGGUUCUUCAUGCUGAACGCCCUUUGGAUGAUCGUGACAUUUGUACUACAAAUCAACACUAAAGACCUGUACAUCCCGUAUCAACUGCCAGAUGGAACCAAUCUCAAGGUUGAAGCGCUAGGAUUGGCCUUCCUGGUUUUCUUCAUCGUAGUCCUGGUCAUCCAGUUUGUGUCCAUGGUAUUCCACAGGUUCUCUACAUUGAUUCACAUCUUAGCUGCCACCGAGUUGUCGUGUCGAAAAAAGAAAGUGCCCACCCGUAGGGUUAAGCGGACCAGCAUACCGACCAUCAACGUGGACGAUGCAGCAACCGAGCUGGCUGACGACAUAUCCCAGCAACCAAUAGUAACAAAGAUCACAGUCUCUCCUGCCCCUGCCAGAAGGGGUUCUCAUCAGACCCCCAAUCGUAUACCAGUCUCGUCGGGACGCAGACUCUCGCGAGAACAGGCUGUCUCGUCGGGACGCAGACUUUCGCGGGAUCAGGCUAUCUCGUCAGGACGCAGACUCUCGCGAGAACAGGUUGUCUCGUUGGGACGCAGGCUCUCGCGAGAACAGGCUGUCCCGGUGGGGCGCAGCUUCUCGCGAGAUCAGGCCUUCUCUUCGGGACGCAGACUCUCGCGAGAUCAGACUGUCUCGUCGGGACGCCGACACUCGCGAGAACAGGCUAUCUCCUCGGGACGCAGACUCUCGCAAGAACAGGUUGUCUCGUCUGGACGCAGACUCUCGCGAGAACAGGUUUCGAGAAACCGCGCUCAGCAACCAACAGGUCAUAAUUAUAGCAAUAGACGGAAAUCAAGGCGCGAGUCUAUGUUUGAGCAAAAUGGCAGGAAUAAGAGGCGGUCAUCAUCUCUAGACAAUCCUUCAUGGCGCGGAGGAAUACAGGAUCCAUCUCAGUCUCUGUUAUCCGUCCGUCCUGGCGAGUACAGCGAGCACAUCAUUCAUGAAGAAGUACAAAGGAGUGCAGAUAGAAAGCAAAGGAUGGAGACUAAUAAAGAUUAUACAGUGCACUCGUUGAAUUACAAUCGUCCUCCAAUGGUGGUUGUAGACCAAGUCGACAUCAUAAGUGACCAUGAUGACUAUUCACGCCCGAGAGCAUCUAAACCACGAGAUAAACCAACCACGAGUGCCCACAUUUCACAUCCAUCCGAGAACACAAGCCCCCAAACGAAUGAACCAAGGAGUACAGAUAUGGAGAAGACGAUCCUACCGAUACGGCGAACUGAGUGGAAUGACAACUUACAUCGUGAGAUGCCAACAACCAUCAUGAGAACGGAGAACACGCACGAUUCCAGGUCCACAAUCACCUGCACUAGCCCUCUUCCAGAAUACAUUGAAGAAGCUGAUCUAAUCAUUAAAGACGGCGAUAUGUCUCCUGUACGUUCUAAUCCAGACAACGCUGAUGUUAAGGGGCAGGGUGGGGACAUGAUUGAAUAUGAAGCUGAACGUUCAGGUACCGAUAGUGAUGUCGAGGCUUGGGAUUGGACUGUUUCACGUCGCGACAACCAGCAACAGGUUUUACCGGCUCCUGACGGAAGUGACGUCAAAACUGCGUCACAGAUGAAGACGGUUGUGACGAGAGACAGAAACCCACUGAAGUUGAUCAAAAGAAAGGUUUUAGAGCGUAGAUCUAGGCGAUUUAGGCGAACUGUGAAAAUAUAA